AGGAAGAAGAUGGAGCUGAGAGAAGAUGGAGCUGAGGGAAGAUGGAGCUGAGAGUUUCCAGGCUUCAGGCUCGUCACGAUGCUUUCCGACACUUUCUUCUCUCUCUCGCUGCGUCAUGUUCUCAACAUGUGACCUCGGAGUCCAGUCACAUGGGACUGGAUGCUCGUAGCUAGCUGUUAGCUGUUAGCUGUUAGCUUGGUCCUCCAUCCUCCCUGGUCCAGCUCAGGUGAUCAGCUGCAGCUCAGACAACAUGCUGAGACCUUGAUGUCCCAUCUGAGCGAGUGUCCGGACAUCUACAGACAUGGCAUCGCAGCUCCAGGUGUUCUCCUCCCCCUCGGUGUCCUCCAGUGCCUACUCCCGUUCAAAGAGGCUCAAAGUGGAGAACCCUGCCUGGGAUGUGUCCAACCAGCUGGGAGACAAUGGUUUCUACCAGCAGAGCCCCACCCAGGGAGCUGCACCCUCCACUUCUGGCUCUAACUUCAACCCAGUGUACAACCCCAACCAGGUCCCCCCGCCGACCGCAGGCUCCCGGGAGCAGACGGUGGUGCGGGCGGCGGACAGCACGGGCAGCCUUCGCGGACCUCCCUCCUCCUCCUCCUCGUCCUCCUCCAGCCGUCGUGUCAAGGACGCCGAGUCCUCCUCCCAGCCGUGUGACCUCUACCACAAGCAGUACAGCCUGAAGCGGAAAAGUGAGGAGGUGGACAGCAGCGACAGCGUCCAGAUACUGGAGGAGCUCUCAGCCCCCGUGGUCUCGAACCGCACCGGUGGUGGAGGGGGCACCACCACAGCUCAAUCCAUAGCACACUCCACUUCUACCACCAAGAGCAGCAACUCCCACAGUGAGGGCGACUACCAGCUGGUCCAGCAUGAGAUUCUGUGCUCCAUGUCCAACAGCUACGAGGUGCUCGAGUUCCUGGGACGUGGCACUUUUGGCCAGGUGGCAAAAUGCUGGAAGAGGGGCACAAAUGAGAUAGUGGCCAUUAAAAUCUUGAAGAACCAUCCCUCUUACGCCCGGCAAGGUCAAAUAGAAGUGAGCAUCCUCAGCAGGCUGAGCACAGAGAACGCCGACGAGUUCAACUUUGUCCGCUCGUACGAGUGUUUCCAGCACAAGAACCACACGUGCCUUGUGUUUGAGAUGCUGGAGCAGAACCUUUACGACUUCCUGAAGCACAGCAAGUUCAGCCCGCUGCUGCUCAAGUGCAUCCGGCCCAUCCUGCAGCAGGUCGCCACGGCGCUGAUGAAGCUGAAAAGCCUGGGGCUGAUCCACGCCGACCUGAAGCCUGAGAACAUCAUGCUGGUGGAUCCUUUGAGGCAGCCGUACCGGGUGAAAGUCAUCGAUUUCGGCUCCGCCAGCCACGUGUCCAAAGCCGUUUGCUCCACCUACCUGCAGUCACGAUACUACAGAGCUCCAGAGAUCAUUCUGGGCCUUCCGUUCUGUGAAGCCAUCGACAUGUGGUCUUUGGGAUGCGUCAUUGCUGAGCUGUUUUUGGGAUGGCCCCUCUACCCUGGGGCCUCAGAGUACGAUCAGAUUCGUUACAUCUCUCAGACCCAGGGGCUUCCCGCCGAGUACCUGCUGAGUGCAGGAACCAAGACCUGCCGCUUUUUCAACCGAGGGCCUGACUCCAGCUACCCCCUCUGGAGACUGAAAACACCUGCAGAGCACGAAGCCGAGAUGGGGAUCAAGUCAAAGGAGGCGAGAAAAUACAUCUUCAACUGUCUCGAUGAUAUGAUGCAGGUGAACAUGACAAACCUGGAGGGGACGGACAUCUUGGCAGAGAAGGCUGACAGACGGGAGUUCAUUGACCUGUUGAAGAAGAUGCUGACGCUCGACGCAGACAAACGCAUCACGCCCAUGAAGACUUUGAACCACCCGUUUGUCACCAUGACACACCUGCUGCACUUUCCUCACAGCUCACAUGUGAAGUCCUGCUUCCAAAACAUGGACAUAUGCAAACGCAGAUGCAGCGCCUUUGAGAACGGAAAAAACAUGUUUGCCAGCAACAAUCCUACAAGUGCAGCCACCAACCUCACCGUCACCUUCAGUAGCCAACUAAACCAGCACAACCAGAUGGCCUCGACAGGAGGUCAGUCCCUGUCCCUCAGCAGCAACGUCCCUCUGCUGAACUACCAGCCCGGCCUCUACCAGCAGGCCACCAUAAACAUCCCCGGCCUCACCCAGCAGGGUGUGCCGCUGCAGACCAGACCCACCCAGCUCUGCACCCAGACUGAACCCUUCCAGCAAACGCUCAUCGUGUGCCCCCCCACCAUCCAGGGUCUUCAAACUUCUAAUAAGCCCUCUGGUUAUCCAGUGAGGAUGGACAACUCUGUACCAUUGGUUCCUCAGAACCAGUCGUCCCAGUCUCUCCACAUCCAGCCCGGCAUGCUGGCACAGGCCUCCUUCGAACCCCUGCUGUUUGGCAGCCUGUACGCCUCAGUGGCGGCAAUGCCACGUUUAGGCUCGUCCCGGCUGCCAGUUGGCUGUAGGGGUGGAAACCUCUGCAGCUGUCUGGAUCAGAAAGCCUCCAUGCUGCAGGGCUGGCCGGCAGGCACACAGCAGAUACUCAUCCCCUCCACCUGGCAGCAGGUGCCCGGCAUGGCCAUCCACAACCCUGGGCAGACCGUAGUGCCUGACUCACCGAUGGAAGCCCCCGUCUCUGACAGUCAGCAAGCGUCUGGCUGGAGGGGUCGUCAUGGCAGCCAGUACGAUGGUGUCACCCAGCAGGAAUCUGGUGCUGGCCGUCACGGUGCCUCCCAAAACCACAACUCAGGGGCCGCUCACUCAAGAGCCCAACAGGGCAAGAGGUCAAAGGCGCGACACGCUGAGAGCAGAGCCAGGCCUGUGUCGUCGGUGCAUUCAGCCCACACUGUGGUCCACAACACGUCUACUUUAGGCGGGGACCAGUCUCAGCCCAUCGUCAUCUCUGACACACCAAGUCCUGCCGUCAGCAUCAUCACCAUCCACAGCGACUCGGAGGAUGAGGACGACAGGAAGUUCCCUGCAGCGUGCUCCGGAACGAGUCAGAGGCCCAACGUGAUCAGCUGCGUGACGGUACACGACUCCCAUGACUCUGACUCCUCCAACAGCAGCCCCCUCAGCCCCAAGACCACCUCACAGCCCGCCAAGUCCCUGGCCAUCAUCACGCCCUCUGUGAAGAGCCAGCCUGGAGAGAGCACAACCCACAAAGCUCCAGCGGCUCCAGAUCAAACUACAAGUGGCGUUGGAAAGUCCAAGAAGGCAUCGACGCUUCAGUCCAGUCGACCAGGAGAUUCCAACACUGAGCGCCAUCAACGGGCGGCAUCCAGCCGAUCUCAGCCUCUGAACCUGAGUCAGGUACAGCAAUCUGUGAUGUCAUCAUCCAAUGACCAAACAGGAAGCAGUAGUUCCCUGAGGCGGCAGCCCACAUACCCCCCUCCCGUCUCCUCCCACUCAUCCUACCGCCUCCACGACAACGCCCUCUUCACCUCGACGCCCAACCUGUACGCGUACCCGGCGUCUGCCGCCCUGGCCUCCGUGUCCCAGGCUGUGGAUCAGAUGCAAGGUGGCUCGUCCCGCCACAGCAGAGCGAGCGGGGCGUACUCCUCUCUGGCGCUGCUGCAAAAGAACAGCAGCCUGGCUCUGGGAGGUUCUGCUCCGGGACAGUACGCCAACCACCACCAACACCACCACCAACAACUGCAGCAGCAGCAGCAGCAGCAGGCGCCGCUCGGGGAGCAGCCGUUCCACCGCUCCAGUGCUGCUUACCAACGAAAACUCAACCCGUACCCCUUCCUGUAAAGACUGAGGGAGACAAAAGCUCUGCAUGAGGACCAAAAUUAGACCGAGACUAGAGAGGAGCACAAGCUCAUCACAGGCAGCUGUGAUCAGACUUUUUUAAUUUCCUUUACACCCCCAGUGUUUGUUUUCAGACCUUUCUCCGUUUUAUUUUAAUCACAGUCGGUUCUUAAUCUAUUCGUACUUUGGACUUUGUGUCGCAUUGGAUGCAUACGGUACAUUAACUGUCUGGAAGGGUUUCAAUUCAGUCUCAGCACAUUUGGUUUGAAAUCCAACAGCGAGGACAAGGUUUGAUUUAACUUUGAGAGCGUUUUAUUUCCACGACAGAUAAUCGGUGUGGAGAUUGUAGCCAUGUCUACACAUGGUGAUCAAAUUAAUGUGAUCAAACUUCUAGACUGCACUUUGUGUUGAUUCUGAACACGUUAAACCCUAAAAUGUAAUUUUAUUUGAGAAGUUAGGAAAACUGGAACUAUUAUGCUGCUCUAUUAUUAUUAUU